AUGAUUUGUGUUAUCUAUGAAAAUGAAUAUAUCCAUAACUCUAUUGUGAUUUCCUACUUAUUUCAGUUGAAGUUGAAAUUACUGAUUGUAGAAGAUAGUCAAACUAUGAUGACAUUUGCAUUCACCGAUGUGUUCACAGAAAGCAGUCAGAAUCACUCUCAUUGCAUAUCUACUCAAUUAGGUAGCCCUCUUGUUCUCACUGGCCUCAUUCUAACAUUGAUCGGUGCAGUCCUCGGAAUAAUAAUAAUACUCGUUAGAAAACUACAUUCUUCAUCUGUACUGAACAUUAUCUUCAUGGUUAUAACCGUGAUAAUUUUGUUUGUUGGUGUUGCGUCAUUAUUGUUACCUGCACAAUGGUAUGAAAUAAUGAUUUCUGAAAUUUUGGCUGGCAUGUUCUACGUCUUAGCCUAUUUUUUGGGCUUAAAUCUACAACUUUCGAAACUAAAGUGGAAAAUAAUCUUGUUCACGAUGUAUUGUGUAUUUGCAGUAGCUGGAUUCAUUCUUUGUGUUCUAGGUGUGACAUUGAGAAUGCUUGUUUUACAAGGUUUAGCCUGGAUUUGUUGUUGCUGCCUAAUGUUUAUUGUGAGUCUGUUCACAGCAUACUAUCUGAAUGAGCUCAACAAACAAGGAGACUGCUCUAUAUCAUACUUACUUUUCGUAUGGAUUUAUGAAUGUAUUGCAUUUGUCAUCAUAAUACAAAUUGUUUUAAAUUCAUUCAUCGAUUGUCAUUCGAACGAUAGUAAUUCCAACAUGACAAUGAUUGCGCAGGAUUAG